UAUAGUUCUUAUCACUUUUGCAUGUGCAUGUGAUAAUAUUUGCAUGAGUUUUUCAACCUUUAGUUUAAUGGUAUAAUAACUCUUUUCCUGUUUCGAAUCGUUUUCAAAAUAAAGUACGUUGACCACAAGUGUCACACAUUUUCAAUUUCGUUAGACCUCCUUUUGCGGAAAUUAGAUCCUGGGAAUUAAUUGACUUUUACUCUUUUAUGUGAAAGUGAAACGUUCUUAGCUGAAGCUCGAGCAUUGUAAUAUUUUAAUGUGAAAUGACGCAUAAAAUCCUUAUUAGAUAUUAACAAUGAUUCUGAUUUUGGAAUACGUAAUUAAGAUGCAUGCCGAAACUCUGACCGGAUGCGGAAAUCAAUAUAUCUCUUGCAUCUUUUUGCUGACGGUAAAAAUAACUCAUUUCAAUUGGAUUUUGUCCAAACCACAUUUUUUCGGUUUAUCAGCAAUUCAUUACCAAUUUUUUAGAAUGAGGGAUACGUGUUUCGCAAUUUUAACAUCAUCAGGACUACAGUUUGCUUCAUCUUCAUCUAUGUUACAAUGAAGGAAACCAAUCAAAACAUGAAUAAAAUUGUACUUAAUUAAAGUUUUUACAAAAAAAUAUUUUCCGAUAGAUCAACAGUCAAAGGCUUUUGACACUCGACCCCAAAAAUUGUUUGACAAUUUUCUAAUUUACUUGACUAUCUUACUUUCGAAUAAUUAAUUUUUCGUCAGCUUUGUUGAACAAUUGUUAUUACAUUGAUUACUAUUUUUAACUACAAUUACUACGUGUUAUCUCAUUUUUUGUUUUCCCUCUACUAUCACGAGGAAAUAAAGCAUGGUUAUCACCGAAAUUCUACUUUCCGCCCAUAAUUUAACAAAAGCGGUAUUUUCCAACUUAAAAAUCUAGCACAUUUUUCCAUUUAGUUGAAUUAUUUUUGCAAUAACAACUCAUUGUUUCCACAUUUUUGCACUUAAAAACAAUGCAACCGAUUUUUUUCAGUUACUUCCAGUCCGUUUUUUAAGUAUUAGAAUUAGGGGAGCCAUAUGGCUCGCCUAAUUGAGUCCUCAAGGCCUAAUACCUGCCGACUUAGUCGAAAUUUAAUCACUUGGAAGACGAUUUGCAUGCGGAUUCCUGACGCCGAGCGUUACUUUAAAACCAUUUAAGCCCUUAUUGUCGACGAUUAAGGGCCAGUUUGAGUCAGUGUUUGUAUAUGGGUCGUGUCACUCGCACAUAAACAAAGCGUACGACCCUCCUGCUUCAUAUUAAUAUUGAACUUUGCUACCAAACUUCCUGAUUAAUAAUACAACUAUCUGUGUCAGCAUAAUUUCCAGUCGGUUGUGGCUUGGCUUUUGGUUCACGUGUGGUUUGUUAUUUUUCAUCGAAAAAAAAAUUGUGUGUGGUCGUCGAAAUGGAUUUCGAUAGGGAUAAUUUGUGUAAGGAGAUUGAAGAGGAAUUUAAUGUUACGUUGCGCAAGAGUCUGCGAGAAAGCUGGCAAGAUUAUUGGAACUGUGAACAAUCGAUAGCUAGCGCAAGAGCUAGUGUUAUGAUCUACGAUGACGUUAAUAAGAAAUGGAUUCCCUCAGGAACAUCAUCGGGAUUAUCAAAAGUUCACAUAUACCAACAUACCGUACAACAGACAUUCCGUGUCGUCGGAAGAAAACUCCAAGAUCAUGAAGUUGUUAUAAAUUGUGCCAUUUUAAAAGGACUGAAAUACAAUCAAGCGACUGCCACAUUUCAUCAGUGGCGUGACAAUAAACAGGUUUACGGGUUAAACUUCAGCUCAAAAGAAGAUGCGGAUCUCUUCGCCAGGGCAAUGUUCCACUCUUUAGAAGUACUUAGUAAUAUAGUUCGACAACCGACUCCCCAAUACGCCCCCCAGAUGCCCCCUCAAAUCCAACAACCGGCGAUUCCCCAACAACAAUACGACGAAGACAUGGGAUACCGCACGAUGACCCGCGAAGAUGUCGCCAUGAUCCAGGAACGGCGGAUAUCAAACUCGCUAAUGUCGCCCCAGCAGACGUCGCCGAUGACUCCCCAAAACAACGUGCCUGUGGCGCCGGCAAUGCCGAUGUCGGUUGCUGCCGCCGUCGCCCCUACGCCUAUUUCGCCACCGUCGAGCGGACACCAAAGAACGGUGAGCGCGCCCCCAGCGCCGCCACCACCACCAGGUGGCCCACCGAUGCCUCCGACGGGAGGAGCGGCUCCGCCGCCGCCACCACCACCUCCUAUGAACAUGUCGAGGUCGCAGAGCAGCGACGGCGGAGAGGUGAACUCAUUGGCAGCGCAGUUGCAAAACGCUAGGUUGAAGAGGAAUAACAAGAAUACGCCGCCCCCGACUGAGAACAGCGGCUCGUCGACCAGCAGCGGGGGGAGUAGUAAUUACGGGACGCUCGGGAGGGGAGGUGGAGGAAGUAUGGCAUCGAUGAUGGACGAAAUGGCCAAAACGUUAGCUCGAAGAAGAGCUGCUGUUGAGAAGAAAAUCCCCGACAAAGAUGAAGAAGAGAAAAAGGCCGUUUGGGAGAAAACGAAUACGUUGCCGAGUAAUACGUCUAAGUUUUCCGAAUCGCCGAAAAGUAUCCGAAAACGGUUUGGCUCUGCUUCCGAGGAGACAAUUUUAAAAGUAAACGGCCUAUCGGAAGUUUCAGGGCUGUCUCUUGGACCAACCGAAUUAGACAGUCUCAAAAACGAAAUAGUGAAAGAAGUGAGGAAAGAAAUAACAAAGAUGAAACAGGAUAUAAUAGACGCAAUCAAAUCAGAACUGAACCGAAGGUAAUUUCUUAUUGCCUUAUUUUGUGCGUGAAAAUUUUUUAAAGUUUUACACUUGGAUCAAAUCAUGCGACAGUUUCUAACAUUAAACAGUAGUAAUCGGUAUUAACGUAAAAAAUGUACGUUUAUGGAACGAGUAUGUUAUUAAUGUUUCCUAUUUGCUGUUCUGUACGUUUUUCGUAAUUAGUCAACGGCGUUGAUCGACGGGUCUAGACACAUGAGGUUGAAUCUUUUUUAUUACUUAUUAUAAUUUAAAAGUUUUUAUUUGUGAUGAUUGCAUGUGUCAAGUACAGAAUAGCGGAAUUUUAAAGUAAUGCUAUAUAGAUGUCGUGGAUAUAGAGCACUUUUAUUAUAAGUUCUAACAUAGUAUUUAUUUUAUUAUAAGUUAAUUAGGCAUUUAAAGAUUUUCAGUGAUUCCUAUGUAACACUGUCUCAUUGAACGUAAUCAAACAGUGCUACAACUUUUGUAAAUAUUUAUAUAGGACUUCCAAUGACCUACAUAUUUAUUAACAGCUGAUUCGUUGCCCAAGAAAAUGUCAAAAAAUUGUCUUACUCUGAGUGGUUGUACGCAUUUAAUGCUUUGGUGCCAACAAUGUGAGAGAGUAAGACAGUUUUCAUUCCAUUUUUUUUCUAUUUUGUUCAAAAUGAAGGGAAACAAUGAUCGUGUGUAUAGAAUCAUAAGUUAAUAGAUGCUUAUUAGAUUAGUGUCAAAUCAUAUAUACAUCGAACGUUUCCAUUUAUCAUUCUUCACAUUUUAUAUGAAAACAAACCAUUGGUAAUCCUGCAUCAGACGGCAGUUUUAUACAUUCUCGCUGUCGUGUUUGUGAAUAGUGGAUUGUUAUCGAAAGCUCACCCAAAAAACGAAGCAUUGAGCGAAAAAUAUUGUACUACAGACAUAAUCAGUGAUUGCAAUUUUAUAUAUAAUUUCUUAAGUACAUAUGUUAUAACUUUGUGAUAUAUAACUGCAUUUGAAUUUAUUGUAUAUUGUCUAGCACCUUUUUUGUUUUGUCUUCUUAUUUUUAUUUUGUAUGUGAUCUCAACUCAAAAUUAGCACAAUUUUUCUAAUUUUUUAUAUUUAAAAAACAUUUUCAUUCGUAACUACGAUUACGUUACAAAUUUUACAAUGUAUUGAAAUAAACAUUUGAAGUACGUAACUGGUUUUUUGUAGUGGAUUAGUCUUUGUCUUGUUUCACCUCGAUUAUUUAUUUUUGUGUGAAUUCGUGACUAAUUUAUUUUCCCAAUAAAGUAUUAAACGUU